AUGUCCUUGGUGAGGAGCAAAGAUGGAAUCAUUGAUCUUGAUGCACCGCUCGCAGCAUCAGCAUGGCACCAUAUCGGCAACAAGACGGCCACGAAUACCAUGCUUGAAGCAGCAUCGACCGAGAAGAUCCAGUCAUGGAUCAACAAGUGCCUCGCCGAUGUCUAUUCGAACCUGCUCAUUCGAGACCAGAAGGCCGACGAGAGGUGGGCGGCACUACUCCAAAAGCAAGAAGAGAAGAUUCAGAUUGAGAAGGAGUGUGUCACCGUGAAGAAACACAAAGACGACUUCAUGCUCUUGACCGCCUCGACGGUGGGAAUGGAUCCCUGGGUUCUGGAGGUGCACAACUUCUACAAAGCCAUGAUCCUCGACGAGGUCGAUGCUAAAAGGGCCACGUCCACUGCAUCGGCAUCAACUCCAGCUUUGAGAUCCUCCACGCUCUCCCCGUCGUCAUUGAGAUCGAAGCAAAUGGGGAUUGGCGACGCCUCACCUAGUGAAACGAGAGAUGAGGCCAUGCCACUUCUCCCGUUCAACGAGGAACAGGGAAUACUGGGAUACAGUAUCCACGAGUUCAAUGGAGCUUCUUUCUCCGGCGCGGUUUUCAAUCUGUCGACGACCAUCGUAGGGGCUGGGAUCAUGGCCCUGCCGGCGAGCAUCAAGAUGCUAGGCAUUGUACCUGGUAUCCUGAUGAUCGUCCUCGUGGCGUUUCUCACCGAGGCGUCCAUCGACAUGCUGCUCAGGUGCAGCCAUGAGGGCGAGAUUACGUCCUACGGCCGGCUGAUGGGCAACAGUUUUGGUCGAUGGGGGAGGAUCGCGCUGCAAGCAUCUGUGGUGAUAAACAACCUCGGCGUCAUGAUUGUAUACAUGAUUAUCAUUGGUGACGUGCUAUCCGGAACAUCUACAAACGGUGUUCAUCACCGUGGUGUCUUUGAGGGAUGGUUUGGAUCUCAAUUGUGGAAUUCUCGGCCGGUUGUUCUCCUCGCCACGACUAUUUUUGUGUUUGCUCCAUUGGUGAGCUUUAAGAAAUUGGAUUCAUUGAAAUACACAUCUGCUAUAUCAGUUGCUCUUGCUGUGGUUUUUGUUGUGAUCACUGCUGGAAUCGCUAUUGUCAGACUCAUCCAAGGAACUGCUGAGAUUCCUAAACUCUUCCCUAAGAUAGAUGAAAAUAAUUCCAUCUGGGAACUCUUUACAGCUGUACCAGUUCUUGUCACUGCCUACAUUUGCCACUACAAUGUUCACAGCAUCGAUAAUGAGCUGGAAGAUAGAACUCAGACGAAGCCCAUAGUGCAAACUUCACUGGCUCUCUGUUCAACUGUCUACGUUGCGACAGGCUUGUUUGCGUAUCUCCUCUUUGGCGAGGGUACACUGUCCGAUGUGCUCGCUAAUUUUGACUCUGACCUCCGUAUUCCAUUCAGCGAUGUUUUCAAUGAUGUAGUGAGAGUGAGCUAUGUAGUCCAUGUCAUGCUCGUCUUCCCUAUAGUCUUCUUUGCCCUUAGGCUCAACUUCGAUGGACUGCUAUUCCCCACCUCAGGGCACAUUUCUCUUGACAACCGAAGGUUCACCAUUAUCUCAAUCUCACUCCUUGUUGUGAUUUAUCUUGCUGCUAACUUCAUACCGAGCAUCUGGGAUGCGUUCCAAGUCACCGGUGCCACGGCUGCUGUCCUUAUUGGCUUCAUAUUUCCUGCUAUGAUCAUACUGAGGGAUUCUUAUGGAGUUGCAACCAAGCGCGACAAGAUUUUAGCUGUAACCAUGAUAGUGCUUGCUGUGCUCUCAAAUUUGGUGGCCUUAUACACUGAUGCGCUGAACAUUAUCUACAGGAAGGCAGAGGUCUAG